AUGUCUGACGUUGCCGAGACUAAGCCCGACCCCGCCACCCAGGCUCCUGAGGCCGAUCAGCCCCAGACCACCACCGAAACCGCGACCGAGAAGGCUACCGAGGCUGCCCAGACAGUGAAAGAGGCUGCUGUGAAGACCUCUGAUAACGUCUUCUCCAUGUUCGGUGGAGGCCCCAAGAAGGAGGAGAAGAAGGAGGACGAGGAGGAGAACGACCGCUCUGGCUCUGCCAAGGCCCAGAAGGAAGAGAAGAAGGAUGAGGACAAAGAGGAGGAUGUUGAGGCUGACAAGGUCGUUGCCGAUGCCAGCUGGGUGAAGACAGAGCUGAAGGAGGUCGUUGAGACCAAGACCCACGAAGAGCUGGAGGAGCAGGUGUUCAAGAUGCGUGCCAAGCUUUUCAAGUUUGACCCUGAGUCUAAGGAGUGGAAGGAGCGCGGUACCGGUGAUGUGCGUCUGUUGAAGCACAAGGAGAACCACAAGACUCGCCUGGUCAUGCGCCGGGACAAGACCCUCAAGGUCUGCGCCAACCACUACGUCGUCCCCGAGAUGAAGUUGAGCCCCAACGUUGGCAGCGACCGCAGCUGGGUGUGGAACACCACCGCCGAUGUGUCCGAGGGCGAGCCGGAGAAGCAGACUUUGGCCAUUCGUUUUGCCAACAGCGAGAAUGCCAACCUUUUCAAGGAGGCGUUCGAGAAGGCCCAGGAGGAGAACGAGAAGCUUUUCAAGGCUGAGUAA